GAGGCGAUGCAGGCAGUAAGCGCGAGUGCAUAAGCAGUCCGGCCUCGGCCUCUCAUCGGUCCAACUGCAGUGUGAAGUCUGUGUCUGUUUUGACGAGUUGGGAAUGUGGGCAGAUGGUUUUCCUCCCAAUGAUUGGAAUUGAGCAAUGAGGGAGGUGGGGGCGAGCGAGGAGGACCAGAGGCCCUCGACGACGAUGAGCUUUUGGAGUGUUCACAACCUUGUUCAUCCAGGUCCUGGUUUGCGUGGGUGGUCGUUGAGGAGCUGGGAUUGAGAGAAGUAGAGGAUCAGACGGGACGGGAGACGAUUUUGGCUGAGGGUGGGUCGAUCGGUAUAAGAGGCUUGGUUGUUGGGAAUCUGAUCUCCAAUGCAGGACCAAGUCGAGAAGCUUCCGGGUUCCAAUGCCUUGGCCAGUUUUUGUGAGAAGGAUGAAUCGGCGAAAGAGUUCACCAAGGAGCUCAGGAGCAUUUUGGAGGUGACUGCUGCGACAGGGCGGUACUGGCAUGACUGGCAGCAACUGAGAAUGUUGCUUUGUUUUCGUCUCACUCAAGUGUUGCAAGAAUUUCACAAACAACAGUAUCCUGAAGAUGGAACUGCUUUGAUUGGACCUCCUGCCCCAGGGAGUGAGUCGUUUCCACAAAUGAUGGAGAGACUCGUGCAAAAUCUUGAUGCUUUCACAGACGGUGCGCCUUUCACCAAUCAACGGCUUUGUGAGAUUCUGCUAUGCCCUAAAGAUACUUACAACAACCUGGACAAGUUGGCCCUAGCUUUGGAAAAACUGCUGAUGGUGCAGUCCACUUAUGCAUCUAGCACUGAUCCAUAUCCAUUGCAGCCUCUUCCUGGGUCUGUACCUACUGAAAUGCCAGUGGAAGCCCACAAAGUUGUAAAAUUGGACGGUGUUUCUAUGAAUGGAGCCCAAGAUAGUAUCGUGAGCUUCAAAGAAAUGCCUGUAAUUGAUGAGGAGAUGGUCGAUGUAGAGCGUGUUCUUGAUGCACAGGCAGCAGUAAUAGAUAUGGUUGCCAACAACAAUUCGGAUAUGCUGCAUGAGCCUUCUGUCACCGAGAUUCCUCAAGUCCCUUCCACGAAUUCUUUAAUUUUGCAUGAUCCGGCGGUUGUUGACUUGCCUCAGGUUCCCGGAACUAGUUCAGAAAUGGUUCAUGAUUCUACUGCUGCUGAUCAAAUCCAUGUUCUUAGCACAACCUCGGAAAUGCUACUCGAAUCAACUGCUGCUGAAUUGGUUCAAGCUACUGCCACGAACACAGAUAUGCUGCAUGAUUCUACUGGUUCGGAUCUGUCUGAAAUUCCCGGAACCAAUUUCGAAAUGCUUCAUGAUUCUACCGUGGUGGAGUUGCCCCAAGUCACUGGUACGAAUUCCGAAAUGCUUCAUGAUUCUACUGUCGUCGAGUUACCGCAAGCUGCUGCUUCCAACACUGAGAUGAUACACGAUUCCUCUGUUGUUGAGUUGGGUUCUGCAGUUGUACUGCCCCCAGCUGGUUCGAACACUGAAAUGCUCCAUGAUUCCACCGUCGUAGAGUUGCCUUCUGUUCCCGAGGUAACUAUACACAACAUAGUUGCGAACCUAUCAAUUCCUGCAGAGCCUUUGAAAAAACAGGCGGAUUCUGCUGGUGUUGACUCGUCUAAAGCCUCACAGGGAAGCGUUGACAUGAAAGAGAUUAUCCCAGAGGACUCUGUCAAGAGUAUCGUGACGAAGGAAGAUACAGAGCGUCGACCCGAGGAUGUUAGUAUGGGUAUCGCCAGUUAGGGUUUACUCUGGCUAUUAUAUAAAUUACGAGUUUCUGUAAUUUGCCAAUUGCUUCAGUUUAUCUUAAGUUAGAAAUAGCAGAGCUGGUUCUUCUCACUGUGCUUGUAUCAACAAUGUGAUUUCGCUCUGCCACAGAUGGCAGGGAUCUAUUCCAUGUAAUUAACAGGAUACGUAAUUACUUGAAAUUUUCACAAACU